AUGAUCCCCAACACAACUACUCCUCCUGCGGCUGAGACCGCCGACCAGAUCACCGCACCUGGGAACAAGAAGAAGAACAACAACACCACCACCACCACCACCAACAACAACGACGGCAACAACCAUGGCGCAGGUAACAUGUUUGCUCCGGACGACAACACCAGCGAGAAGCUGGUCGGUGAAGUGACCGAGUUCGAGAAGCGUAAGAUCAUGGCUGGAAACGCCAAGUUCCAUCGCCUCGGCUGGAAGCGUCUUGUGAUAGUCCUGAUUGUCCAAGCCGUUGCUCUCGGUUCGCUGUCCAUCCCGGGUGCCUUUGCCACCCUGGGAAUGGUCGCUGGUGUCAUCUGUUCCAUUGGUAUCGGUCUUAUCGCCAUCUACACAUCCUACAUCGUCGGCAAGGUCAAGGUCAAGUUCCCCCACGUGGAACACUACCCUGCCGCAGGAGGGCUCAUGUUUGGCCGUAUUGGAUCCGAGAUCUUCGGUGUCAUGUUGACCCUGAUGCUGGUUCUCCUUACGGCCUCUCAUUGUUUGACGGGGACUAUUGCCUUUCAAGUUCUUACCGAAAGCCACAUCUGCAGUGUGGUCUGGGGUGUCGUUUCCGCCAUUAUUCUCAUCAUUCUGGCGAUCCCCCCUAGUUUCGCAGAGAUGGCCAUCCUUGGCUACAUCGACUUUGCCUCGAUCAUCCUCGCCAUCGGAAUCACCAUGAUCGCGACCGGAAUUACCAACUCCGCCGCCGAGACCCCAGCUCAGUGGUCAGCUUGGCCCAAGGAAGACAUCUCGUUUUCCAGCGCCUUCCUGGCCAUUUGCAACAUCUUCUUCGCGUACAGCUUCUCCAUCUCGCAGUUUUCCUUCAUGGACGAAAUGCAUACGCCGACUGAUUACAUGAAGUCUGUCUGGUCCUUGGGAGUUCUUGAGAUCGUCAUUUAUACCCUCACCGGAUCGCUCAUUUACUCCUUUGUGGGCCCCGAUGUGGCGUCUCCUGCCAUCUUGUCCACCUCAAAGACAGUUACCAAGGUGGCAUUCGGUGUCGCGCUGCCUGUUAUCUUCAUCAGUGGCUCCAUCUGCACAACAGUCGCCGCACGAUACAUUCACGGAAGAGUGUACAAGGAUAGCGUUACGCGCUACAUCAACACCAAGCAGGGCUGGAUCACAUGGUUGGCAUUGAUCACCGUCUUCACCUGGAUUGGAUUUGUUGUUGCCGAAGCUAUUCCUUUCUUCAGCGAGUUGAUUGGUAUUGUCUCGAGUUUGCUCAACUCUGGCUUCACGUUGUAUAUCCCGGCCAUGAUGUGGUUCAUUCUCAUCAAGGAGGGCAAGUGGUACGAGAAGAAGAACAUCUUCUGGAGUAUCCUCAACGGUCUCAUUUUUGUCAUGGGACUGGUAGUCUUGGUCUGUGGAACAUACUCCUGCAUCGUGAGCAUUGUAAGUUUCAUCCAAUUCCCCAGAAGAAGUUUAUCACGCUAA